UACUCCCUUCCCGUUCUACUAGUUCUGUGGGCCCACCCUCAGAAGUGGGUUGACCUCUGCGGGCGAGGCGUGGACCCCAGCCACCGCAUGGCACAGAUCUCGCACGUGCUCAAGGCCAUCCAGAUCCUCUUCCUCUUCUCCGUCGCCUCAUUUCAAUGGCCGCCGCUGUAUUGUUAUGUAUUGUUUGCCUUUGGCCAGUUUCUCAACUUCAGGGUUUACCAAUUACUUGGUGAGGCUGGCACAUACUAUGGAGUGCGCUUUGGCAAGAACAUUCCUUGGGUAACAGAAUUUCCGUUCGGAUACAUAAAGGAUCCACAAUAUGUUGGAAGUAUACUGAGCCUGUUGGCGUGCUUAUGUUGGAUUCCCCUCCAGUUUGUUCUCCCGUGGAUACUUGGCUAUGUUUUCAUGAUGAUACUGGAAUCUGUCGAGGAUCCAGCAACUCGCGCUAAGCCUCGCUCUUGAGCUUUAGUGAAGUGGAAAAGCAGUUACGGUUUAAUUCUUGACGUUGAAUAGAAUUUUGAAAUUUUUGUUUUGAAUAAGCUUGGUUCUGCAAUUCUUGUAGAACUUUUUUGAAUGGCUUAAUUUGAUUUCAUUUCUUGCAUAACUUAUAAGGAAUCUGAAAUGGUGGAUUUACGUACGUGAGCUGCACUUUGCGGAAAAUACAUACGAUUUUAAGGA